CCAGCUUACCAAACUAUUACAAGAUGAGAUCAUUAGCUUACUUUAAGACAGGUGAUAUUCAUUUUACUGACAAGAUUGAUACUCCAAAGAUCAAUAAUGAUCAUGAAUUGAUGAUCGAUGUGGCAUGGUGUGGUAUUUGUGGUACCGACCUGCAUGAGUUCUUAGAAGGUCCAAUUUUCAUGCCAAAGGAUGGGGAUACACAUUAUCUUUCCGGACUUGAUCUACCGCUACCAAUGGGUCAUGAAAUGUCAUGUAUUGUGAAGGAAGUAGGUAAGGGU